GGCACAGCAACGUAUGUAGCGCGCGUCGUCGUGUCAUCGUACAUCGUCGUCACCGUACAUCUACCGUCGCGUCGACGAUCCGCCGCGUCUCCCUGCCAAGGUGAAUGCGCGCGCGAAUUACGGUUGUCGAUAUUGCGCGGUUGGUAUCCGCCGAUAUUUGCAUCUGAAAAAAACCGAAAAAAAAGAAAAAAAAAAGAACGAGAGAUCUCGCCCGAAGGAUUUACGAAGACCGAAGACCCCGAAGAGCGAUUCUAGAGACAAACGUGAUAAAAGAAAUUAUUCGCGAAGAGAGCAGCAAACCUGUGAGUCGUCUCGCCAAACUUCUUCGCGUUGACACCGCGUGCGACAUCGCGUCCGGCUCGACGCGGUGGUUGGUAGACGCCGGGACACAUAACGCGCGCACGCUAAGCAAGAACGUUGCGGCGGUGUGUGAAGAGGAGAGUUUUUUUCUCUAUACGACAUACAUACCGUAACGUGAUGAACGAUCGAGAAUGACAGAUCUGUCAAUGAUCAUCGGCAACGUUAGCGGCAACGUUAUUACGACGAAGAUCGGGAACACGAAGACGACGAUGAAGAUGAGUUCUCGGAUCUGUUUCACGUGUUCGCGCGUCGCUCAGAGCGGCGACGUGUGAAAGAGCUGUGCGAACAAUCGCGCGAACAAGAGCCACCACGUUCGUAACGUUGAUUCGCUAGGAAGCGCGGGCUGAAGAGGGCUCGAAUACGAAACACAAGGGUGGGAGCGUUUGUAGUGGUUGUGGCUGCAGCCAGCUGAUCGCAGAUAAACACAACGAGAGGCGCGCGGCAUGUCUCUCGUUAAUUAACGCCGCGUGCUCCCGUUUCUUCCCGUCCGGAUCUCGAAAAGGAUCCUCUCAACGGACCGUAAUAGAACAGCGCACUUGCAAAGAUGGCAUGCCCGUUCUCAGGCGGACGUUUCAAACCGAGCCACAAGGAUGACAACGGCGAGGAAGGAGAUCAUCACCGCAGGAUCGCGAGGCUCAGACAGGACGAGCGUGACAAGACGGCCGCGCGCCAAACGUCGAUCCAAAUACCGGCCCUUCUUGGAGAGGACGGCGAUGAUGUCGAGGACACGCAGACGCUUAAUCUGAAGCACUUGAGAGCUGCCGUGACCUUCCUGACCAAUCCUCCGAAUCAAGCGGUGGCAGUGGCGCUAGAACUUCUAUUAAAUAAACGCGAAGUACCUCUUCCAACGUCAACCACGUCGUCUUUAGAAAAACUUCAAGUGAACGUCGACGAGGAGGAGAAUUACAAUUUCCUGGAAGAUAUUUACGAGACAUUAAAUUACGAUUGUGACGUCGACGUUAACGCGUUCUUUGAUCAUCUCGGCCAAGAGUUGAUCACGACAACUUGCGUGGGUCUCUUAGAACGGGCCUUUCGUUGCCUUGGGAACGAUCUGACCGCCUUUCUGACCACACUCGACGGCGUAAACGAUGUUGUCCAGCAUCAAUCGGGGUCGGACACCGAGGCAGAAUUCGUGUGUAUCGCCACGCCGGAAGCGCUGGAGCUACACUUCACCACCGACCAUCCCUCCAUAGCCUAUCUCUUGGUCGGCAGUUUGAAGGGAAUCGCCAGGAAGUUCUAUAACGACAAAGCUGAUGUGUACAUACUGCCGGAUCCCUAUAAUACGAAAUUUUUUAGAUACCGCAUUACUCCGGAGCGUUAUAGCGAACAGCUGAAUGCCGAAGUAAACGACGACUUCGACACGUCGUCGUCCGCUUUCCGUCCACUCUCCACCGAAGCAACGGACCUUCGCAUGGGCGUAGCGAGCUUCUGCAAAGCGUUCCCGUGGCACUUUGUCGUCGACCGUCAGCUGGAACUUGUGCAGCUUGGUGUUGGCUUUAUGAGAAUUUUCGGCCAUCACCUCAACCGACUCGGUCGAGAGAUAUCGACGUAUUUCGUCUUUACGCGACCCCACGGCGUAACUCUGACCUUUCACGAGAUUCUGAAGCGCGCGAACACGCCGUUCAUCUUGACCCUUCAGCGACCGCACGGCAUCGAUAAAUAUCCCGCGGAGGGUCUAGAAAUGAAAGGCCAGAUGGUACACUGUCCGGAGUCCGACUCAAUUUUAUUCGUCAGCUCGCCGUUCUUGAACGGCUUAGAGGGUUUAACAGGCCGAGGACUUUUCAUUUCUGAUAUUCCACUUCACGAUGCCACGAGAGAUGUUAUACUCGUCGGCGAGCAAGCCCGGGCACAGGAUGGCUUAAGAAGACGUAUGGACAAGUUGAAGAGCUCCAUAGAGGAGGCCAACUUGGCGGUCGAUGCGGAAAGAGAAAAGAAUGUUAGCCUUCUACAUCUUAUAUUUCCACCGGAUAUUGCGAAGCGACUGUGGCUGGGAGAAACAAUCGAGGCAAAGACGUAUCCGGACGUUACGAUGCUGUUUAGCGACAUAGUCGGCUUCACAUCUAUUUGCGCUACGGCAACACCGAUGAUGGUCAUUAAUAUGCUUCAAAAUCUCUACGAACAAUUUGAUCUUUAUUGCGGACAGCUGGAUGUGUACAAGGUAGAAACAAUCGGCGAUGCAUAUUGCGUUGCAUGCGGCCUUCAUCGAAAUACCAAUACACACGCGCAGCAAAUUGCAUGGAUGGGCCUAAAGAUGAUACAAACGUGCUCUCAUCACUUGACUCACGAAGGCAAGCCAAUAAAGAUGCGCAUCGGAAUUCAUACCGGGAUGGUGUUGGCGGGCGUUGUGGGCAAGAAGAUGCCGAGAUAUUGUCUCUUUGGACACAACGUAACGUUGGCAAACAAAUUUGAAUCCACGAGCGAGCCGCUUCGUGUCAACGUCAGUCCGACUACGUACCUGUACUUAGUACAAAACUCGGGAUUCAUAUUGGAACCGCGGACCAAGGAUAAUUUACCGAAAGAAAUCUCAGCCAAUAUAACAGGCACGUGUUAUUUUUUGAACGGCUAUCAGCACAGUGACGUAAGCGAGAGCGAACCUCUCGACAUCCACAUUCGAGCUGCAAUGAAGACGCUUGGCAUCAAUAGCAACAUGUAGAUACAUACCUUCCAAUUUGGGAGAACGCGCACGGACGAGGCCGAUCAGAUGUGUGUUACUUCAACAUUAUUAACGUCGAUACUAGCGACGACACACCCGACAUUACCAAACCGAUCGAUGUAUAUGGUGUGCUCUCAAGCUGGCACUAAAAGGUACAUUAAAAGCAUGGCGCUAAUUGUGCGAACACGUUACAAGAAACACCUGUGCGAAUACACUAUUUAUACGCAGAGUCAUAGAGAGAGAUUGUAAUCAUUAUAUACCUAUUAAAUAUAAGAGAAGCAGAAGUAAA